CAACCAAACUGUUCACACACAAAACACCGGUGGACCGGGUAGCGUGCAACGGAAAGCGAGUCCAUUUCCCCUUCAUUGUUCUCCUCCUUUCCCAUUUCUCCUCUGCAAAACCAACCCCCAUCGAUCCACAAAAGACCUACCAACGGACAAAGAAAACCCAAAGAUUUGCAGUCUCAAUAAACAAAACCAGGUGGAGCAAUAGAGAGCUCCGAUUUGUUUUUUUGCUUUUCGUUCCUCUUUGAGGCGGUUUAGGUCUAGGGUUACAUUUUUCUAGAGAGAGAAAAAAAGAGGGGGAGGCAUGGUAAAGGCAGGAGUCGGAUCAGACGGAGCUGCAUCGUGAUUUCCACGGCCGCCGCCUCCUCAGGCGAGGGGCUCCGGUUUGAAGGUUGUGUAUGGAAACGCGGAGCCGCAAGCGGGCGGAGGCCUCCUCAUCAGCCCUUUCUCACUCCACUCGUUCCUCUAAGAAACCCCGCCUCUCAUCCUCCUGCACAACCACCCCUUCUCCACGCACACGCCCUCUCAAUUCACGCACCACCCCUCUCAAUUCACGCACCACCCCUCCUACUACUGAUAAAAUGGACGACUCCUCCUCAGCCUCUACCUCGCGCAAGCUCCGCAAUUCCCAAAAGCAAGAAAAAGACUCUUCAGACAAAGGAAAGGAGAAAGAGCCGGAAACAAACAGACACCACACUAGUAAUCUGAGCACCGAUGGAGUCGCAGGGGAUGACGAUCACGAGAGCAGCGAGGGUGUCAGCAUUUUGCAUCAGAACCUGACAUCGGCAAGCAGCGCCCUACAGGGGCUCUUGCGUAAAUUGGGGGCGGGGCUGGAUGAUCUGCUGCCAUCGUCGACUGGGGGGGCGAUCUCCUCGCAGCAGAGUGGGAGGUUGAAGAAGCUACUCUCAGGCCUGAGGGCGGAUGGCGAGGAGGGAAGGCAGGUCGAGGCAUUGACACAGCUCUGUGAGCUUCUGUCCAUUGGGACUGAGGAUUCAUUGGGGGCAUUCUCGGUGGAUUCAUUUGUCCCGGUGCUUGUCGGCUUACUCAAUCAUGAAUGCAACCCUGAUAUUAUGCUGCUGGCGGCACGAGCCCUUACCCAUCUCUGUGAUGUGUUGCCAUCAUCAUGUGCUGCGGUGGUGCACUACGGGGCAGUGCCAUGCUUCUGUGCACGGCUUCUCACCAUUGAGUACAUGGACUUGGCUGAGCAGUCUUUGCAAGCCCUAGAAAAGAUUUCUCAUGAACACCCGACGGCUUGUUUGCGUGCGGGAGCAUUGAUGGCUGUGCUGUCCUAUCUCGACUUCUUCUCUACUGGAGUCCAAAGGGUUGCAUUAUCCACUGCUGCGAACAUUUGUAAGAAAUUGCCAUCCGAUGCAGCUGACUUUGUGAUGGAGGCUGUGCCCCUACUUACCAGUCGGCUGCAUGAUCAUGAUUCAAAGGUACUGGACCAUGCUUCUGUUUGCUUGACCCGCAUUGCAGAAUCAUUUGCAUCAUCUCCUGAGAAGUUGGAUGAAUUGUGUAAUCAUGGUUUGGUUGCGCAAGCUGCUGGACUUAUUUCUCUCAGUGCUUCAGGUGGUGGCCAAGCGUCACUCAGCACAUCUACAUACACGGGUCUGAUAAGGCUACUCUCAACAUGUGCAAGUGGCUCACCUUUAGCAGCUAAAACUCUCCUCCUCCUUGGCAUUAGUGGCAUUCUCAAGGAUAUUCUUUCUGGUUCUGGUCUAGUUGCCAGCAUUUCUGUUUCACCUGCUCUAACGAGGCCCCCGGAGCAGAUUCUUGAGAUUGUGAAUCUUGCAAAUGAGCUUCUUCCUCCACUCCCACAAGGUACAAUUUCCCUCCCAACCUGCUCUAAUACCCCUGGAAGAGGAUCAGUUGGAAAACGCUCAAGCAGUUCUGGAAAGCAAGAAGAUGCUAAUGGAGCUGUUUCUGAGGUUUCUUCCCGGGAAAUGUUAUUGCGUGACCAACCAGAGCUUCUUCAGCAGUUUGGGAUGGAUCUCCUCCCUAUUCUUGUACAGAUCUAUGGGUCCAGUGUCAAUGGGCAAGUUCGCCACAAAUGUCUCUCUGUUAUCAGCAAGUUGAUGUAUUUUAGCACCCCGAAUAUGAUUCAAUCUUUACUUGGGGAAACUAACAUAUCAAGUUUCCUAGCUGGAGUUCUAGCUUGGAAAGACCCACAAGUGUUGGUUCCUACCCUUCAGAUUGCGGAAAUUCUCAUGGAAAAGCUUCCGGAUACUUUCUCUAAGAUGUUUGUGAGGGAAGGCGUUGUUCAUGCUGUAGAUGUCCUUAUAUCCUCUAGCUCUUCUAGUCCUGCUCCUGCUCAAGCAUCUUCUGCCGAGAAAGAAAGUGAAAUUUUGCAUGGAACAUCUUUGCGUUCUCGACGUUAUCGGCGUCGUAGUGGAGGUUCAACCCCUGAUCCCAAUUCUGUGGAAGAAUCAAAAGUUUCUUCUAUGGGAAAUAUGGGUUCACCUCCAACUUCAGUAGAGAUGGCCUCUGGUACUUCUGGUUUACGUGCAGCUGUUAGUGCUUAUGCUCGAAGCUUUAAAGAUAGGUACUUUCCUUCCGAUCCUGGAGCUGCCGAAGUUGGAGUAACAGAUGAUCUUUUAAAACUGAAAGAACUAUGCACGAAGCUGAAUGCCGGUGUUGUGGAUCUCAAGGGAAAAGGCAAAGGGAAGUCUAAGGCAUCCGGGCCUGCCUUGGCUGAAAUAACUGCUAAUGCUGAAGUUCAGUUGAUAGCUACUGUAUCUGAGAUUUUUGCUGAAUUAUGCAAAGAGGAUGGGGUGUCCACAUUUGAGUUCAUUGGAUGUGGAGUUGUUGCAGCAUUACUGAAUUAUCUAUCCUGUGGAACCUUUUCCAAGGAGAAUACAAAUACCUCAGAAGCCAAUUUGCUCAAGCUUCGUUCACAGGCGCUUGUGAGAUUUAAGCUGUUUAUUGCAAUUGCCCUUCCUGCUGGUGUGGCUGGUGAUAAUCAAUCUCCUAUGUCAAUCUUAGUUCAGAAACUGCAAAAUGCUUUGUCUUCCUUGGAGAGGUUUCCAGUCAUACUAUGUCAUGCAUCGAGGUCUUCUGGAGGAAGUAUGCGCCUCUCUUCAGGGUUAAGUGCAUUGUCUCAGCCCUUUAAGUUGCGUCUGUGUAGAUCACAAGGUGAUAAAUCUCUUCGGGAUUAUUCAUCAAAUGUUGUGCUCAUUGACCCUCUGGCCAGUUUAUCAGCUGUUGAAGAAUUCUUGUGGCCUAGAGUUCAAAGAAGUGAGUCAGCGCAGAAGCCUACUGUGUCUUUAGGGAACUCUGAAGCUGGUUUGACCCCCAAUGUUACUGGUGCUUCCUCCUUGUCAGUGUCAGCUCCUGCUGCCCCUGGUCGACACAAUUCAAGCAGGUCUAGGUCAUCUGCAACAGCAGGAACUGUUGCUAAAAAGGAUAACCCUGAUGGGAAUGCAAGCUCGUCUUCCAAAGGAAAGGGUAAAGCUGUUUUGAAAUCUGUCCCGGAUGUUGAAACAAGAGGACCACAAACCAGAAAUGCAACACGGAGGAGAGCAGCUUCUGAUAGAGACUCACAGAUGAAACUGGCAAAUAAUGAUUCUAGCUCAGAGGAUGAUGACUUGGAUGUUUCUCCUGUUGAGAUUGAUGAUGCUUUAGUGAUCGAGGAGGAUGUUUCUGAUGAUGAAGAUGAUGAUCAUGAAGAGGUGCUCAGAGAUGACACACUUCCUGUUUGCCUACCAGAAAAGGUGCAUGAUGUGAAACUUGGGGAUUCACCUGAUGAUGGAACAGUUGCUUCUGCAACAAGCGAAAGCCAUUCAAAUCCGUCGUCUGCUUCAAAUAAUAGAGCUCCAGUUAAGGGUGUGGAGUCUGCUGAGUUCAGGAGUGGGAGCUCAUUUGUUUCAAGAGGGGGGAUGUCCUUUGCUGCUGCUGCAAUGGCUGGGCUUGCAUCUGCAAGCGGUAAAGGCAUUAGGGGUAGCAGAGAUCGUCGUGCAUUACCAACAACAAGUAGUCCAAGUGACCCUCCAAAAUUAAUUUUUUCAAGUGGUGGAAAGCAACUUAGCCGGCAUCUAACAAUCUAUCAAGCUAUUCAACGCCAACUUGUGCUAGAUGAGGAUGAUGAUGAAAGGUGUACUGGCUCUGAGUUUUUGUCUACUGAUGGACACAGAUUAUGGAAUGAUGUGUAUACCAUCACAUACCAGAGGGCCGAUGCCCAAGCUGAGAGGACUUCUGCUAGGACUUCGGCUUCUACUUCUCUGUCAAGGUCUUCUAAAGCUAGUGCUGCUUCCAUUUCUGGCUCUAACACUUCUUGGCAACAAAUAUCACUUCUGGAUAGCAUUUUGCAAGGGGAGCUUCCAUGUGAUAUGGAGAAAUUGGGUCCCACUUACAGCAUUCUUUUGUUGCUGCGUGUUUUGGAGGGUUUGAAUCAGUUGGCUCCUCGCUUGAGAGUCCAAGCAGUCUCUGAUGCUUUUUCAAAGGGGAAAUUAUCUACCUUGGAUGAGCUAAACAUGGUGAGCGUCAGAGUUCCACCAGAAGAAUUUAUUAACAGCAAGCUGACCCCAAAACUCGCUCGACAAAUCCAGGAUGCUCUUGCUCUGUGUAGUGGUGGCCUUCCUUCUUGGUGUUACCAAUUGACUAAAGCAUGUCCCUUCUUGUUUCCCUUUGAGACUAGGAGGCAAUACUUCUAUUCAACGGCUUUUGGAUUAUCUCGUGCGCUUCACCGUCUUCAACAGCAACAGAGUGCUGAAAACUUGAGUUCAACAAGCGAAAGAGAGGUUCGUGUUGGCCGGUUACAGCGACAGAAGGUUCGUGUAUCUAGAAAUCGCAUCCUUGAUUCAGCAGCCAAAGUCAUGGAAAUGUACUCUAGCCAGAAGGCUGUCCUGGAAGUUGAAUAUUUUGGUGAGGUUGGCACUGGCUUGGGUCCAACAUUAGAGUUCUAUACUCUCCUUAGUCAUGACCUGCAAAAGAUUUGCUUGGAGAUGUGGAGGUCAAGUUCUUCACCAGAGAAAAGUGUCAUGGAAAUUGAUGGGCAGGAUCAAACAGUUGAAAAUAUGGAUGAUGUGACUGCCACAAAAAAGCUUGUUUUAGAUCCUGUUGGUGGAGAGCUUGUACAAGCACCUCUUGGUCUGUUUCCUCGUCCAUGGCCUCCUAAUGCUGACACAUCUGAGGGUAGCAAAUUCUCUAAGGUUGUUGAGUACUUCCGCCUGGUUGGGCGAGUGAUGGCAAAGGCUCUACAAGAUGGGCGCCUGUUAGACCUCCCACUAUCUCCCGCAUUUUUUAAGCUUGUGUUGGGUUAUGAGCUUGAUUUGCAUGAUAUUUUAUCAUUUGAUGCUGAUUUUGGAAAGAUUUUGCAAGAAAUGCAAGUCCUUGUUCACAAGAAGGAGUAUUUAGAAUCUAUGCCUGGGGAUCAUCGGGAGCUUAUAUCUGAUUUACGUUUCCGAGGUGCUCCCAUUGAAGAUCUUUGUCUUGAUUUUACACUUCCUGGGUAUUCAGAUUAUAUUCUCAAAGAAGGGGCAGAAAGCACAAUGGUCGAUAUCCAUAAUCUGGACGAAUAUAUCACUUUGGUAGUUGAUGCAACUGUCAGAACAGGAAUAAUGCGACAAAUGGAGGCCUUCAGAGCAGGGUUCAAUCAGGUCUUUGACAUUACAUCCCUUCAAAUCUUUACACCAACUGAGCUGGACUACCUGCUAUGUGGUCGCCGGGAGCUUUGGGAGCCAGAGACACUUGCUGAUCAUAUAAAAUUUGAUCAUGGGUACACAGCAAAGAGCCCUGCAAUUACAAAUUUGCUGGAAAUUAUGGGUGAGUUUACACCAGAGCAGCAGCGUGCAUUCUGUCAGUUUGUCACUGGUGCUCCUAGGCUUCCUCCUGGAGGUCUGGCAGUCCUUAACCCCAAGCUCACCAUUGUGAGAAAGCAUUCAUCUUCCUCCACAAACAUUUCAUCCAAUGGAACGGGUGUUACAGAAUCAGCUGAUGAGGACUUGCCCAGUGUCAUGACUUGUGCUAAUUACCUCAAGCUUCCUCCCUAUUCUACCAAGGAAAUCAUGCUCAAGAAACUGCUCUAUGCUGUCAGUGAAGGGCAAGGUUCAUUUGACCUCUCGUGAUACACAAAUACAACAUGAUGUAUACCAUGUGGUCACUGACCUCUAUACGUCCUUGUUUCUCCAAUGCCUGCUGCUAUUAAAGUGAUCCCAGGAGCAGGCCAUUUACAUCUAACUGGUUGUCAAAGGGUGAUCUCGGGCUCAUACUUCCCGCUCUAUUUUGCAGUCAUGGCUGGCCUCUUCUGUCAUGCCUGUUUCCAUCAUCAUCUGUAUAUACGUCAUUUACUUUCACAAGAUUCCGGUCUUGUCUUUGCAUUUUAUUUCUGCAAUAAUAUAAAUCCAUUACUGUGUUGCCCUCAAAAGAUGCAUGCGCUGAUUGGGAGAGCCUUGUUUGCGAAAGAGAGUGCAAAGAUUUGUGUUGCCAUUGUUUAUUUAUGAAUAAAAGGGUAGACCCUUUGUUAUU